UUAAACUUGAGUUUCUGCAUCUCCUGACAAACAAAGAUGGCCGGAGCUCUGAAUCUUCUUCUUACUGGCUGUCUGCUGCCAGGUGUCCUGUGUCAGGUUUUCGAGGUCACUAUUCUAAAGCCUAUAAAGGCUUUGAGUGGAUCCUGUGUGACCAUCCCCUGCUCCUUUGACAUAGAGAAACUAUAUAAAAAACAUUUGGAUAAGACAUGCAGGGCAAUAUGGAGAAGAAAAAGUAAUGACCAAGAUGUAUUUAAUAGUGCUGAACAAACCAAAAUAAAUGGUGAAUUGAAGGGAAAACUGACAGAAAAAGACUGCACCACAACCUUGAGUAACAUAGUUCCUGAUACCAGCAACACAUUUUACUUCAGACUGGAGUGUAAUAUAAUCAAAUUUAAUUUUAAUAAGGCUAACCAGGUGGUGGAUAUAUUGUUCAAAGCUAAUGACUGUGUAUUUAGUAACAGUUCAAAAUGUAACUUCCUGCCAGCUGAUCCUCCCUCACCGACUCUGACUCCGUCCACACUGGAGGAGACGGAGGGAACCUCAGUGAGGUUGAAGUGCUCUGCUCCAGCUCCCUGUCUGUCUCAACCUCCAACUCUGACAUGGACCCCCGGGCUGGGGGACAGUCAGGAGACACCGCAGGAGAAUCAGGACAAAACUAAAGUCGUGACCUCUGUUCUGACCUUCACUGCUUCUCACCUCCAUCACGGAAAGACCAUCUCCUGUACUGCCACCUACAAUAAACAAGAUGGCACCAAGUCUACUGCCAACGCAAGUCUAACAGCUGAUAUUUCAUUCGCUCCGCAGAUACUGUCCACUUCUGGAUGCACGAAAACUGAAGCCCAGCUCAACUGUUUCUGUGAGACUGCCCUCCCCCCAUUUUACAGUGGCAUUCGGAAGAGUUGA